CCCGCCCCGCCCCGCCCCUAGAACUCGCCAGUCCCAGGCGCCGCUCCGUGGGCUGCAAAGUUUGCAGCGUGAGGCAAUCAAGGGAGCGCGCCGGCGCGGGCUCGACUGGGCUCCACGCGGCUCCCGACAGCUGUGACUGCUGGCCCGGCGACUGGAUGCACCGCGCACAGCGCUGCCGCCCACAGCCAAUCCCGCUACCUCCAGUCGGGUCACACGGGCUGUCCGCGUCCCACACGGACCCUCCAGCCACGGACGAGGUGCGCAGCCAACACUGAGCCCUCCCUGUCUUGUCUUUCUGGGCUCAGACCCUUCACCAUCAUCACUCAGCCAUGGCUUCUGGUCCAGCUCGGAUCAGUUUGGGGUCCCAACUGCUGCCUAUGGUGCCGCUGCUCCUGCUGCUGCGGGGCGCAUGCUGCGGCCACAGGGGCCCCUCAUGGCCCUCACUGCCCUCGGCAGCCGAUGGUCUGCAGAGGGACAAGGACCCCCAGCAGUCCCCUGGGGACGCAGCAGCUGCGCUGGGCCAAGGCGCCCAGGACAUGGUCGCUGUCCACAUGCUCAGGCUCUAUGAGAAGUACAACCGACGGGGCGCUCGGCCAGGAGGAGGCAACACGGUCCGAAGCUUCCGUGCCAGGCUGGAAAUGGUCGACCAGAAGCCUGUGUAUUUCUUCAACUUGACUUCCAUGCAAGACUCGGAAAUGAUCCUCACAGCCACCUUCCACUUCUACUCAGAACCCCCACGGUGGCCCCGGGCACGGGAGGUAUCCUGCAAGCCGCGAGCCAAGAAUGCAUCUUGCCGCCUCCUGACCCCAGGUCCACCCGCACACUUGCACCUAAUCUUUCGGAGCCUCUCACAGAACACGGCCACUCAGGGGCUGCUCCGAGGGGCCAUGGCCCUGGCCCCUCCACCACGUGGCCUGUGGCAGGCCAAGGACAUCUCAUCGGUCGUCAAGGCUGCCCGAAGAGACGGAGAACUGCUCCUCUCUGCCCAGCUGGAUUCUGGGGAGAAGGACCCCGGGAUACCCAGGCCCAGCCCCCACAUGCCCUAUAUCCUUGUCUAUGCCAAUGAUCUGGCCAUCUCAGAGCCCAACAGUGUGGCAGUGACGCUGCAGAGAUACGACCCCUUUCCAGCUGGAGACCUUGAGCCUCGCGCUGCCCCCAACAACUCAGCGGACCCCCGUGUGCGCCGGGCAGCUCAGGUCUCUGGACCCCUGCAGGACAAUGAACUGCCAGGACUGGAUGAGAGACCAGCACCUGCCCUGCAUGCCCAGCACUACCACAAGCAUGAGUUCUGGUCCAGCCCUUUCCGGGCACUGAAACCCCGCACAGGGCGCAAAGAUCGCAAGAAGAAGGACCAAGAGACAUUCACCACCUCCUCACAGGUGCUGAACUUUGAUGAGAAGACAAUGCAGAAAGCCAGGAGGAGGCAGUGGGAUGAGCCACGGGUCUGCUCCAGGAGGUACCUGAAGGUGGACUUUGCAGACAUCGGGUGGAAUGAAUGGAUCAUCUCACCGAAGUCCUUCGAUGCCUACUACUGUGCCGGGGCCUGCGAGUUCCCCAUGCCCAAGAUUGUACGUCCAUCCAAUCACGCCACCAUCCAGAGCAUCGUCAGAGCUGUGGGCAUCGUCCCUGGCAUCCCAGAGCCCUGUUGUGUUCCAGACAAGAUGAACUCCCUUGGAGUCCUUUUCCUGGAUGAGAACCGGAAUGUGGUUCUGAAGGUGUACCCCAACAUGUCUGUAGAGACCUGUGCCUGUCGGUAAGACGGAAGGUGGAAGACAGUCCGGCUUCAUCCCUGCCCUGCAGAGUGGCAUUCUUGGAGCCAGGACUUGACUCUGGGCAGUUCCAGGUGCUAGACAGAGCUUAUAGGCAACCCUGCUGGGACCUAGAAAGAUCUGAACACAGUGCCAUCGUUCUUCAGUUUUUCCUUGCUAGGGGUGGCUCUGUGAAGACUUUUUGAGUUCCUGGAAGGAAUCUGGAAUUAACUAUGGUCUGAAGUUUGCCCAUCAGCCCUACCCACAUUUUUCAAGGUCUGUGUCCACAAUUUCGACUCCAUGCAUUCAUCAUCUCAAAACCUGGAAAGACUAUGCAAAUCUUGGGGUACUUACCCCUCUAGCAGUUAAAGCGCUCAUCUGAAAACCCUCAGGCAACAUACUAGAAACGGGGCCUAAAUCUUGGCAUGGAUGGGUGUUUCUCUUACACUUCACUACUCAUGCUUUUAUACAUGCAGUAUGCACAUGAAAUCAAGAUUGGUCUCUUCCUUUAGUAUAUGUAUUCUCUAUUUUAAAACGAAGGAGAGAGUUGACCCCAUUCCCCACAGAGGUAAUAGUGCAGGUUAGGUGUGGGCUGUUUGAACAUGCAUAUGGAAAUAACACAUACAGUAAUAUGUUGGAAUACUAAAAAAUAACCAAGAUUUUAUAUUUUUGUAAGUUAUACUUUGUAUACUGUAGAUUGUGAGUGUUUUGUGUUUUUAUGGAAAGCUAAUAAAUUAAAGGUACAGUGA